AAAAUGAAAACUAAAUUUAAAUUAUAUUUUGUAAUUUUAUAAUCUGUAAAAAUCUUACAUUAUUGAAUUUGUAAUUUAUAAAUCGCAAUUAAAAUCUUACUCAACUAUAUAACUACAAUAAUAAAUUUAGUUUGAUAAUUUUUUUAAUAAAUUAUAAAUAUUUUUUAAAAUAUUUUAAUUAAAAUCAAGAAAAACUUAUAAUUUAUAAAUAUUAAAUAAAAUGUACAUGUUAGGUUGUACUAUUGAUUUUAAAAGUAAUUAAAAUAUAUAAAUGAAUAAAAUAACCAGUUAUAUUAUAAUUAUACUACAUGUUCACUUUUCUCGUAAAAUCAGUUUUUCCAAAUUUAGGUGAAUUCUUGAUUUCUUUUUUUUUGUGUGAAAACACCAUUAAAAUUUCAGUUUUUUUUUUGGUGAAAACGAAAUGACAGCGCAAUAUAGAAGAGCAUGGUGGCAUGAAAAAGAGAAGGAGAAUAACUUUAUUUCUCUCUCUUCCCGCUCCUCCCUCUCUCCCUCCUCCUUUGACAUUCUACCAGAAAAGAAAAAGGAGUUGAAAUUUCAACUCUUUCGACCUAUUUCUGGAGGGCUUAUCGUUUCUACAAGCACCAUUCUUCUCCCCAAAUUUUCAUUUCCUUUAUUCUUGUCUCCUUCCGAGGAAUCCGGUUCCGGCACAAACCCAAAACAGAGAGGAGGAAAUAAUGGAAGGAGGAGGAGGGUCUGUUAACGAGUUACAUGGCGAUUCUAGUGCUGAUAUUGCGUUUGACUCAACGAUAGAGGAGCUUUGCAACAAUCUCUGUGAACUGGAGAGCUCUAAGCAGUCUCCAUCAAGGCACAUCUUUGGAUCCUAUGGUGAUGAUGAGUCAAAGAUUGAUUCUGAUCUCCAACACCUCGCUUUAGGAGAGAUGCACGAUUUAGAUAUCACCAAAGAUGAAGAAGGAGAAGAAGAGAAGGAAGUGGCAAAGCCUGAAGAUUCCGAAAUGGCAAGACCACCAAGUGCUGCUACUAAGUCAACCUCCUCAAAGUUGGAUACUGAGAAACAAGUCGGUAAGAAGAACGCGAACAUACCUAGCUCAGGACUCAGUAACGGCACGAGGAAGAAGAAAACAGGAACAGCAAAGUCACUAAACGGAAACGAAGAGCCAUCAUCUGAAAACGUGGAGCUGGCACGUUUCUUACUGAACCAAGCGAGGAACUUGGUUAGCUCCGGCGAAAACAUCAACAAAGCUCUCGAGCUAACUCUCCGAGCUAAUAAGCUCUUCGAGGCUUCCGCAAACAACGGGAAGCCGUGUUUGGAAUGGAUCAUGUGUUUCCAUGUCACAGCAGCGAUCCACUGCAGGUUAAAGGAGUACAACGAGGCGAUCCCGCUUCUUGAACGUUCCAUCGAGAUACCGGUUCUCGAAGAAGGCGAAGAGCACGCGCUAGCCAAAUUCGCUGGUCUGAUGCAGUUAGGCGACACUUACGCGAUGGUGGAGCAGCUAGAGAACUCGAUCUCCUGUUACACCGAAGGGUUGAAGAUACAGACGAAGGUUUUGGGAGACAACGAUCCAAGAGUUGGCGAAACGUGCAGAUACUUAGCUGAAGCUCUGGUGCAAGCGUUACGGUUUGACGAGGCUGAGAAGGUUUGUCAAACGGCUCUCUCUAUACAUAGAGAGAAUGGUUUACCAGCUUCGCUCGCGGAGGCGGCAGAUAGGAGGCUAAUGGGACUUAUCUGCGAGACCAAAGGAGACCACGAGAACGCCCUUGAGCAUCUGGUGUUAGCCAGCAUGGCUAUGGCGGCGAACGGACAAGAGUCUGAGGUUGCUUUUGUUGAUUCCAGCAUCGGUGACUCCUACUUGUCUUUGUCACGGUUCGAUGAAGCGAUCUGUGCUUACCAAAAGUCUCUCACAGCGCUUAAGACAUCAAAGGGAGAGAACCAUCCAGCUGUUGGUUCGAUUUACAUCCGUUUAGCUGAUCUCUACAACCGAACCGGGAAAGUUAGAGAAGCGAAGUCUUACUGUGACAACGCUCUUCGGAUAUACGAGUCGCAUAGCCUAGAGAUUUCUCCUGAGGAGAUUGCUAGCGGUCUUACGGAUAUCUCUGUGAUCUACGAGUCUAUGAACGAGGUGGAGCAAGCUGUGACGUUGUUGCAAAAGGUGCUGAAGAUAUACACUGACUCUCCUGGUCAUAAGAUGAUGAUUGUGGGUAUCGAAGCUCAGAUGGGAGUGUUGUAUUAUAUGAUGGGGAAGUACUUGGACUCGUACAACACGUUCAAGAAAGCUGUCUCGAAGCUACGUGCGACGGGGAAGAAACAAUCGACGUUUUUCGGAAUCGCGCUUAACCAAAUGGGUUUGGCUUGCGUUCAGCUCGACGCUAUAGAGGAGGCUGUUGAGUUGUUUGAAGAAGCCAAGUGUAUUUUGGAACAAGAGUGUGGUCCUUAUCAUCCUGAAACGCUUGGAUUGUACAACAACCUUGCAGGAGCUUAUGAUGCAAUUGGCAGGUUGGAUGAUGCAAUUGAGCUGCUAGGGCAUGUGGUUGGGGCUCGAGAGGAGAAUCUAGGGACAGCGAAUCCUGGAACAGAAGAGGGGAAGAGAAGGUUGGUCCAACUAUUGAAAGAAGCUGGUAAGGUUACAGGAAGGAAGGCUAAAUCCCUCCAGACUCUAAUUGAUUCUGAUCUCAUGACUUUCUCAGCUCUUCGUUAAUACAUAUCCUGUUGUUUACCUUUUUCUUCUAUAUAUAGAAAAAUGUGCAUACGUUAUUUUUUGUCAUUUGUGAUUAUUGUUUGUGGAAGUUCAUUUGUCUUUGAUUCGGUGUACUUUGGAUAACACUCUCACAUAUUUGUUUUAAUUGUUGAAUGAGAAGAUCAUUACCACUUUAGAUAACUGUUAAAGUCAUGUUCAUCUCAUAAAGAAAAGACAAGUAUCCAUUUCUCUUGUAGCUUUGUUCAUCUACAAAUAUAACAAUAGUUUUACUACAUAUUUUUAGUAGCUAACCCAGAGAGUAACCACAAGCGGUUUGGUUAUGUCGUGAAAUACUAAGCACUUGGAAGAUGGAAAUAGCUGGGGGGGAUGCACGAACUAAACAUCUAGAUUUUACUGAUACUUUUUGCUCACUCUAGUACUAGCCAUUGGUUAUUCUCGGAUCUUCUCUGUUGUGGCCUGACUAUCAAAGGAUUGACAAAAGGUAUACCAAGUGUGUUUCCCUAUGCAAACAUUGUCAACCUACACUUACAUAUUGAUCUUUUGAGUUUCAUCUUUACUAAGUAUCUCAUUCAUAUACCAUACAACGACUGUAUUCCUCCUCACAUUUGAGCAACAUUAUCAACCUACAACCUUCUAGCUUCAUUUUGGAUGGGGAAAACGGUUUACGGUUUUUUUGGUUUAUGAUUUAGUUGGUUUCAUGUUGAUUUCCUCGAAUGUGAAUAGCCUAAUGUCACCUUACCUCCUAACACAUUGAUCGUUUGUUGAUAUAAUACAU